CUUAAUCCGUCGUUGGAUUCGAUUGCCCCCGUCUUUGGUGUUGCCGUGUUGGGAGACUUUAUGAAAUCGAGGUCAUAGUAUGGUGGUUUCGCGGGUAUGGAGACAGUUCCAGCACGGACCCAACAACAUGAAAUAUGGGUUCUUGCUUUUGCUCCUCUUCUUCCAUUUCUUCCUUCCUCACUCUUCCGGUAAACCCAGUGGAGUGUGUGUUUCGCAAGGUGGUCGUUUUCCUCCUUUCAAAUCAGAGGGUAACCCUCCCAAAAAGGGUCCUAAAGAUUUGACCCUUUGCCGGGUUUUUCGCAAAAAUACUUGCUGCGACAUAACCCAUACACAUCCUGCACUGCUGUCUGUAAGGAAACUUGCUUCCACUGGGGAAGCUAGUCAAGAGUGCUUGCACUUAUGGGAACUUUUGGAAUGUGCCUUAUGUGACCCACACGUUGGUACUCAGCCUGGACCUCCUCUUAUUUGUGCUUCUUUAUGCGAGAGAGUUUAUGAGGCAUGCUCGAAUGCUUACUUCUCUAUGGAUGUGAAAACACAGAUUCUAGCACCUUGUGGAGUAAAUGACUUUGUAUGUGGUAGGGCUGCUGAGUGGGUCUCCAAUGGUACAGAUCUUUGUCUCGCUGCAGGUUUUCGAGUGAAACCAUCUGAUGUCGUACAAAUUUCCUCAGAAGAAACAUCUUGCUAUGGUGAUAAAGCAAGUCUAGAUUCAGUUACUGAUUCAUGGAAGGCUUCAAAGUUUGAGUUGACCAAGAAAAGUAAGAACUUGAGGAUGUUUGAUGAUUUCCAACAAUGGUGGAGGGAAAUGCCAUUCGAUGAAAGAGUUUCUUGGGCUAUAGGAGGGAUGGUUCUAACAGCAGGCUUGGUGUUCAUAAGCAAAAGGAAAAGCCAUAGCCAACGCCAGAAACUAGCAGCUAUAAAGCGAACUGCAAGGAAGCUGGAAGGCAGAAUGGGGGAGGAACGACCUUCUAGUGCUGAAGAAAAUAGGAAAAGAAAUUCCAGAUGAGUGUUCCCUUGUAGGGGAAGUUGUGAACAUAAUUAUAUGUGCUAAUUUGUCGGUGAAUCUUGAGUCUCUUGUUAUAAUAACCAAAUGAAGUCUUGUACUCUUGCUUUCUCCGUACUUUACCUUCUUUAUCUUAUAUAGUGUUCAUAAGAUUCUUCACUUGAAAAAGACUUUUGUUUCA